AAUUGGUUAGUUUACCUGUUUGAACGUUAGUGAGCGUUCUUUUUUCAUGUCAAAUGCAAAUUGAUGCAAAAUCAUUUCAACGCAAAUAUAUGUAAAGAAAAAUGAUUGGAUCAUCUGCUUGUCUGAUUGUAACAUUUAAAACGUCAGCCGAUGCUUUGAAAACAUGAAACAUAUGUAAAAAGGACCAAAGUGUGGGUGAUAUAACCACGUUAAUUGUCGUUUACAAUAUACAGAAUUUUAAGAGAAAAUGAAUACUCCUCAGUCGAAUAAAAAAAAAGGCAGAAGUAGAAUUGGUAUUAAUAACGAGAGCAAUAGUCCCGCAAAUACUGAAACGUUAAGCUCACAAGAGUCCUCGAAAUUUGUUUUGGUAAAUCCAAUUGGCGAAGAUGCAAACAAAACAUUCAAGAUCGGGAUCACAGAUUCUAUUCCUAUCAUUUCCUUGGAGGGAAAUAGUUUCGAUGAGAAGACCGCUCAAAAAGGACAUAAUAUACCAUCCGAAAAAGAUAAAGAAGAGAAGAAUAUUCUAAGUAGCUUACCCGUUGCUAUGGUUAAGGAAAUAGAUGGGUACGAAGAGCAAUUAGGAGAAGCUGAACCUCUUCCAAAUUCAUAUAUUAGAUUCAUGGAACGUAGCGGUGAAGAACUUGAUGGAGAAGUAGAAUACGAUUUAGACGAAGAGGAUACCGCAUGGUUAUCCAUAGUGAAUGAAAGACGGCUGGCCUCUGGACUUAAUCCUCCUUUAGAACCCGACACAUUUGAAUUAUUAAUGGACAGGUUGGAAAAAGAAUCGUAUUUUCAGCAACAGAGUAAUGGCGGAGGAGGAAUAGCAGCUGACGAGGAUGCAGUAUGCUGCAUCUGUAUGGACGGAGAGUGUCAAAACAGCAAUGCCAUAUUGUUCUGUGAUAUGUGCAAUCUCGCUGUUCAUCAGGAUUGUUACGGUGUACCGUAUAUUCCCGAAGGACAAUGGUUAUGCAGAAGGUGUCUGCAGAGUCCUUCUCGGGCUGUGGAUUGUGUGCUGUGUCCAAACAGGGGUGGCGCUUUCAAGCAAACAGACCGUCCAGCUACAUGGGCCCACGUUGUGUGCGCUUUGUGGAUACCAGAAGUAAGAUUCGCCAACACCGUAUUUUUGGAGCCUAUAGACAGUAUAGAAAGCAUACCUGCGGCUCGUUGGCGACUCACCUGUUGCGUGUGCAAGCGUAGAGGGUCAGGUGCUUGUAUCCAGUGUUACAAAAGCAACUGCUACGCUGCGUUUCACGUGACGUGCGCUCAGCAGGCUGGCCUCUGUAUGCGUAUGAGGACGGUCCAACCUACGAAUGGAGAACCCAUGUUGGUGCAGAAGACGGCUUACUGUGAAGCGCACACACCUUCGGAUUACCAACCUUCCACUAACCCUGCGGAUGCGAGAAGGAGAGCUAUAGCUAAUAAGAAAAGCUCUUCAGCCCCGGUUAUAUCUAUCCCGACUAUACCGCCUGAACGUAUCAAAGAAAUUGCUAGCUUAGCUGAAGGAUUGCCUAAACGAAGUCAACUAAUUCAGCGUCUUAUAGCAUACUGGACUCUAAAACGCCAAUACAGAAACGGUGUUCCUCUUCUUAGAAGACUUCAAAGCUCCCAUCCGCAGUCCAGACCGCCGACUCUCGGUGACAAUUCCUCGCCAGCGCCGGACAGCGAGCUACGCGGAGAACUGUACCGUCAAUUAAAAUACUGGCAGUGCCUUCGUCAGGAUCUUGAACGCGCUAGAUUGCUCUGUGAAUUAGUGCGGAAACGCGAGAAACUGAAAAAGGAGUUGUUCAAAGUGAAGGAAAAGUGUUUGUGGUUCGAAUUGCGUCCACUAGAAAGCGUUCUUCGUACUUUAUUGGAAGCUAUUAAAUUGAAGGAUGUAAAUGAUGUAUUUGGUCAGCCGGUGAACACCAAGGAAGUGCCAGAUUAUUUAGAGAUUGUAUCACACCCUAUGGAUCUUUCUACCAUGCAGGCAAAAAUUGAAAGGCAGGAAUAUGACACUAUAGGAGCUUUCGAAGCGGACUUCAAUUUAAUGGUAAGCAACUGUCUGGCGUACAAUCGUAAAGACACGAUGUUCUAUCGUGCUGGAACGAAGAUGAAGGAGCAAGGCGGUGCUCUGAUAGAGCAAGCCCGUAAGGACUAUCCUGAAUUGGACCCUGUCAAUGAAUCCGAGCAAACGGGAGUCGUUAAGUCGAGAAAACGGGACCGGGCUAAUCGAAGUCGUGGCGAGGCAGAAUCGCAGUCUGGGGAAAAAGAAAUAGGCGGGGGUGGUGUGAACAGAAGGACGGCUGUUCUCUUCACUCGCAAAGCAAGAGAGCGUGCCAGUAGAAGUAAUCAAACGUUUGCCUUAGACGAUGAUAAAAAGAAGCAGAGUGAUAGUUUCAAAGUAUACAGAAGUGGAGCUAUGGACAGCGACGUGGGAGAAGGUGAAAGUCUGUCGUCCAGUUGUAGCAGUUGUUCAACGAGUAGAUCUACCACUCCAGAUUUAGAAGAAGAAAAACAAAGGCAAGAAGCGGACGAGGCGAAGAAAGAACUUGAAAGUAAACAGGAAGCGGCUAGUAACGGUUUAGAAGCGUUGCAACUUGUUUGGGCAAAAUGUCGUGGUUAUCCAUGGUACCCGGCUCUGAUAAUAGACCCUAAUACGCCUAGGGGAACUGUACAUAAAGGUGUACCUAUACCAGCUCCACCUGAUGAUGUGUUAGCUCUUGCCGUUAAUUACAAAGAACCAGUAUUUCUUGUUCUAUUCUUCGACACCAAACGGACAUGGCAAUGGUUACCAGGCGAGAAACUAGAAAAACUUGGAGUUUCCCAAGAAUUAGACGAAGCAAAGUUAAUCGAGUCUCGAAAACCGGCUGAUCGUAAAGCUGUAAAGAAAGCGUAUCAAGAAGCGCUCCAUUAUAGGAAACAAACUCACAACACGUCGUUGAACGCUGGCUCGGCCAGCUAAUAGCUUUAGAAUCCUAAUAAGGUACUAGGAUAUAAUUAAGUAGUUCUCUCGAAGAUGAUCUUUGUAAGUAUUGUAAAAAGGACUCUAACGUAUGAAUUAAGUAAUUUAUAGACUUAUGUUUAAGUCGCCUCUUUUUCAGAAAAUUAUUUAUAUUUUUAAAUAACUGACUGAAAUGCAAAUAAAACGAAUCAGUCUUCAUAUAA